AUGCAAGGGCUGCCAGCUGCCCUCCCCACCCUGCCUCUGGAGCUUACUGUCCUCUACAACUCCAUGCUUUUUACUAUGGGAGCAUCUGACUCUGCCAUCAAAGAAGCAGCAGAAGGAAUACACCAGGGGCUACUCAGGGUUCUGGAGGCUUGUGGGGCCUGUGGGAAGGAUCUAAGCACGGAGGAGCUGUGGCAGAAGGUGCUGCGGGAGGUAACUGUGGAGGAGCUGCAGGCACCUUUGCACCGACUGGGGGCCCUGCAAGCUGCGUGGUGGCUGGCAGCCAGCCGCCUGGGAAGCACUGCUGGCCUCUUCAGGCUCCUGAGCAACGCUGAGGACCCAGGAAGAGCUCGCUGCAGCGAGGGGGAGGACGAACUCCUCUCCCUGCUCAAGGCAUGGCGAGUACCUGCUGAAGGGGCCUCCCUGCCCCUUGUACAGAGCACCGAGGACUUGAAAGAGAUCCUCUGCACUGCAACAGCCUUCCUGCAAGGGUUCCUCUUCCUGUCUGUGGCUUUAGGGCUGCAGGAGCUGGAGGCUGGCAACUUCCCCGCUGCCCUCUCCCUCCUUCAGGAGGCUGCGGGAGGAUUUUGCUCCAAGAGGGUCCUGGCCCAGAUCUACACCUGCCUCGGCUGCUGUGCUCAGAGAAUGGGCAAGCUUCAGACAGCCCUUCAGCACCUGAAAAGGGCCCUCCAGGUGGACUUCCAGUGCCUUCCUGCCCUGUCCCACGUGGCAGCAGUGUACCAGGAGCUGGGGGAGACCGAGGCGGAGCUGCAGACCCUGGCUCUGCUCUAUGAGGCUCUGGGAAAAAACCCUCCAGUGGCUGCUUCCUCUAGUCCACAUAUCCUAAUCCGAACAGAGCUCCCUGUCCACACACCAAUUCUAGCUUCUCUCCUUCGCCACCGCCACCCCUCUGAAGUGAAGUACCUGCUGGCACGACGAUGUCUCCAGGACGGGAGGGUGGCUGAUGCAGUGGAACAUUACCUGGAUUUUCUGUCUCUGCUUCAGGAGGGGCUGCAGCAGCAGGUACCCCUAGAUGGUGGCUCACCUCUGCCCAGGAUCCCCGAGGUGUUCCUGGAAGCAGCGUCUGCCUUGGAGCAGGCUGGGAGACACCAGGAUGCCAUAACCCUUUGCGAGGAGGUCAUCAGCCGGACGACUGACCUGAUCCCACGGAUGUUACAAGUGGAGGAGAGGCUGCAGCAGCCGGAGUGCCCAUCACCAGGGACAGGGCCGUCCCAGCAGAAGGAGAGUCUGUGCUGCCUGGCCUGGAGAGCAGCUGGGUACCUGCACCAGGGCUGGGCGUGGGCCACGCUGGGCGAGAACAAGGAGGCCAUAACACAGUUCAGCAGGUGCCUCAGCGAUCUCCUGCGAGUCCAGAUGGACGUGUCUGGUGCUGAACCAGCAGGUAGGACGCUGCACAGCGCCGGGAUGGGUCAGGACCUGUGUGUUCAGCAGCCCUGA